AUGUCGAUACAGACCGACCAUGAGGGUGGGGCCAGAUCUAGGGCUACUAAAGCGGCCGCCGCGCAAACCAACCAAAGGAAACGUGCGGCGGGGAAGAAGGCUGAGGUUGGAACGAAGAAGUCCGGGAAGAAGGCGGAGGACAAGGGGAAGCAACCAACGGCACGCAAGCGUGUUUCGGCCGUGAAGAGCGAUGCGGGUGUUGCCACUGCUGCCCUCGAGCCCGGUCCUUCCGACGACGGCACCAUCGGCGGGAACGAAGACCCUGGGCGUGGCGGCGUGAGUGUUGCCGUCCGGCCGGGGGACAGAGAGGGCUUGGCGACUGGAGGAAAGCACGGCGAGGCUCCCGGCGACGACCAGGCCGCAACUGUGGUGUCCGUGGCAGAGGCAUCACAGCAGCAUAUGACGCUGCUCCCCCCGCCCGUGGUCGAAGUAUCUACUGCAGUGAUAGAUAAGGAGAAGAAUGCCGCGCACGAUUGCACGGAGGAGCCGAAACACGACAUUGCCGACAUUGGUGGAUCUCCUCCCUCUGGGGGACGCGGGAGGCGUAGGCAGAGGAAGAGCGAUGGGGAGGAGGAGUAUGACACCCCCGUGGCCGAGGACAUCCCCAUACGCGCAAAGAGGAGGCAGACGACAGCCAGCGGUGACGACGCCGGUGGUGCUGAAGGCCGACCCGGUCCGCGGAAACCAUCUAGCGGACGGGGGGGCAAGCAAGCCUCGAGGGGGAAGAGGCCGAAGCGCGGCAAAGAAGGCCCUGGUGAAGCGGAUGUUGAGGACGAGGGGGAUGGGGAGGAGGAGGCCGAGGAGGAUGCGGAGGAGGAGGACGAGGAUGCAGGGGAGGAAGAAAAGGACGAGGAUGAGCAGGAGGACGGCGAUGAUGAGGAGGAGGAGGAGGAUGAGGAUGGCGACGAGGGGAAGGAGAAGGAGGAUGAUGAGGAUGAGGAUGAGGACGAGGAGGAGGACGAUGAGGGGGAUGACGAGCCUGAGGAGGAAAAGAGUGAGGAGGAGGAGGAGGAGCAGGAGGAGGAGGAGGAUGAGGAGGAGGAGGAGGAGGAGGAGGAGGAGGAGGAGGAGGAGGAGGAGGAGGAGGAGGAGGAGGAGGAGGAGGAAGAGGAGGAGGAUGAUGGUGAGGAGGAGGAUGAGGAGGAGGAGGACGACGUGGAGGAAGAGGAGGUGGAGGAAGGGGCGGAUGAGGAAGAGGAGGAGGAGGAGGAGCCGGCAGGGAAAGGACGGGGCGCGCGAGGCAGACGGGGGAGUGGCACAGGGAAGACCCUAACAACACCGUGUUCCACCCCGUGUUUCCCCGCCGCAGGGAAGGAGAAGGUUGACGAAUCGGCUAAACCGGGCAUUGGGCCACCGGUAAGCGUGCAACGGAUGCAGCUAACGAAAGGGGCCGGAAGAGCGAGUGUGGCACCGCUAUCCACAGGAGCACCAAGGUUCUUCACGCCAUACUCCGGCCCGAGCAAAGUCGCUGCGACUGCACCCGGCGCGGCUACAGGAGAGGAAUCCGAAUCCCCUCCACCAGCCCCCGUCACGCACUCCCCACUCGCCUCUCCCUCUUACCCAUUUCGGCCACUACACGCUUCUCCUGUCCGGGGCAGGGCGGUCUCCCCCCUCGCUGGUCCAUCGCGCGGGCAUCAACCAAGCACUUCUGCCAAUCCCUUCCCUGAGCCUCCCUUUCCCCGCCAGCGUGAUAGUGUGAGGGCACACGGGGCUGCUGCUGAAGACGUUGAUCCCCUUGGCCAGAGAGGGGUUUCUACACACCCUUUUCCGGAUGUCAUGGAUGCGCUGGGCGAAGGUGCAGAGCAUGGGCAGUUUGUUACACGAGACGAGUUCCAGCAGCUACGGUCUGAGAUGUACGCCAUGUUUGCUCAGCUCGGCCUGCGUCGUGGAGCAACUGCCAGCUAUGCCGGGGGGACUGCAGUGGUGCCUAUGGCUGGUACCCCGCCGCCGAUGAGUGCCGUGGACAGGGCACGUGUGCUUGUGCUUCGGGAGACCAACCCAUUCCCGAGCAAAGCCUACUUAGUGUGCUCUCAGCUCCUGUUUCUGAACCCCCCGGAGAAAAUUCAGUAUUACCCUGCACCGGAGGAAGUGUUCGAGGCCUUCGCUGUCCACUUGUCUGCCGAGGGGCUAGAGUCAAUGAAGCUGCUGUGGUUGCACAACGACAAGUCAACCAUGGGUGUUUUCAACCACCAGAUGUCAUCAACCAGGUCAACAAUCAACACCACCCUCAGGCCAGCAACGUACGCCGGCAUGGGUCUCUCCGAUUACGCCAAUGCGGUGGAUUGCCUGCCCACUGAGCUACACCCAAAGAAGUGGUUCAACGACGAGCAACUCCUGGCGGAGUACAGAGAUGAACAGUGGGCCCUCAACUGGCACUUUGACAAGGCCACCGGAACACCCUUCAGCAACCCCUUGUUUGCUUAUGCGUUCAAGCUCUCCUUCAAGAGGAGCGGGGUCGUGUUCACCAAGUUCAAGAGCCGCAUGGUGGCAUGGGGCCUGUUUUCGCUGGAGCAUAUACCCGUUACCCCCCCUCAUACACCAUCCACCCAACCCUACACCACAUUGCAGAUCGAGUGGCCCCUUCUGCAGGACAAGCGCCGCAAGCGAAUUCCGGCCCAGCCGGAACAAAACAGGCCGGACUACUUCGAAUGGUGUGAAAAGGUCAAACAGAUGAUACACUUUGCCGUCGUGGAGCGACGCAUCCCACACGAUCCGGCUCGGGGUGCGUUCGUCUUCCCGAACAAGUUCCUCAUCGACGAUGGCGACCUUGGAGAUGUUGUUCUUGCCCACCGGGCGCUUGCAGGGCCCACCAUUGAGUAG